GGGUGGGGACUGCGCAGUCGACCACAUUGCUAUUACUCAGAUAAAUAGCAGCACAGAAGUGCUCAGAGGUGGAAGUGCAGCUGUAAUUGGUUUCGAGCAGAACACACAACAGCCAGCAGCUGUCCAACAAAUCUAUUCACACGGAGGCCACCUGAAAUAUACAGAAGAUGCUGACCACCACAACACAUUUCGCAAGCUCUGCCAACACAUCGCAUGUGAACACAUCACAGGGACCUCACUGCCCACCCAACAACGAGGAUAAAUAUACGAUCUACUCUGCAGUGUACAGCCUUGUGUUUGUCAUUGGUCUGAUCUCAAACAUCGGGGCUCUCUUUGUAUUCUGCCGCAUUGCCAAGAGGAAGAAUGCCAGCACUGUCUAUCUCAUGAACCUUGCCAUUGCUGACCUCCUCUUUGGUCUCAGUUUACCUUUGCGUGUCGUCUAUUACCUGAAAGGAGGUGAUUGGCCAUUUGGAGAUUUACUGUGUCGAAUCUCUGGGUACUUUUUCUAUGUCAGUAUGUACUGCAGCAUUUUCUUUCUGACCUGCCUCAGUGUUUCCCGGUACCUGUCUCUGGUACACCACAUUAAGCACCAAAGGACAUUUACGUUCCGCCGUUGUGUAAUAGCAUGCAUCAGUGUUUGGUUGUUCGUCUUAGUCACUACAGCUCCCUUCCUCUUAAACGGAAGUCAGCCAUCCGAUGGCAAGAUCAAGUGUUUCGAGCCCGUGAACGUGAUCUCUUGGACUCGCAUUAUGCAGAUGAACUAUUUUGCUCUCGUUGUUGGAUUCCUCCUCCCAUUCUCAGUCAUUCUCACGUGUUACCUACUGAUGAUAAGGCAUUUGGUGAGAUUCGAUUGUAAGUCAAAACGAGUCAAGAGGGAUGUGGCAAUGACCAUAUUGGUCUUGUUGGUGUUCUUCAUCUGCUUCCUUCCCUAUCACGUGCAGAGGACAGUGCAUUUGCAUUUCCGUGUCCAUCACCGUGACAACUGCAAUCUGGAAAACACCCUCCGCAAGUCCGUCGUGGCUACCUUGUGCCUGGCAGUUGCUAACAGCUGUUUCGAUCCCCUGCUUUAUAUUUUUGUGGGGCAAGGAUUUAGAACAUUUAUUAGAACAUGGCUGAAGAAGAAAGAGGUCGAUCCCAUAUACACCUCUUCCAGUAGCAUGGUUACCAUCAGCUUGGCGUUCAUACAGCGCAGCAGGGAGUUGGAAAUGUCAAGCUUGGCACCACCACGCUCUUGCCAGACUUUGAUCCGUGCAGAAGCCAAGGGAGAGAAGGAUGAGGCCAGCAAAACAGAGAACUUAAUUAAUGUUGAGCAAAACACUGACAUUGCAACAUCCAUCAGUUAGAAUAGUUGACCAGCGAGAUUACCACUGGCUUAACUGACAAAGACUUGGUUUCCCAGCCAUAUCAACAGACCAAUUUGUAAAGUAGAAACUUUGAGAAUAUUUCGCUCAGAAGGAUAUGGAUGCAUCAUCACUGACUUAUUUUCUUACCUGUCACCUGGCAGUGAAGCGUACAUGCGCAAGACUUUAAACAAAGGAGACAAGGUGCCCUUAAAAACUUUUUUUUUAAAUGUGACCAUGGAAAUAAUUUCCUCAUACCUCACAUUCCAGCACUUUGUAGAUAUGUGUUGACUUUUGAAAGAUGUUCCAGGGGUAAAAUCUCCAGGAGAUUCUGCUGUAAAAUAUUCAAUGCCAGGUUCAAUCUUAAGAAGACCUUGGUUUGGAGCUGGGAAAGGUCACCCCAAACUCUCAUGUGACCCCAUGACUCUGACCCGGAAUUGAGAGUUCUACCAUUGCUCUAAGGACUAAGAGGAGGCUCACAGCUCAAAAUCACUCAGAUCAACUUGAUUGAAGGACAGAAUAAAAGUUGAAUCAAAAUAUUGAAUAUGUAAAAUCAGGAGAAUAAUAUAAGAACAUUAGUGUAGCAAUGUCUGCAUAAUUUCUGCUUAAAAGUUAAUUGUUACAUCUGUUACUCUGGCAACACCUUUAGAGGUCAACUUAUGAAAGUGUAUCAGACUGAAGUCAGCUUUUACUGGGUUAACAUUUCCUUAAAUGCAAAAGUUGGCUGUGCCCUUGCUUUUCGUGUGCACAUUGGCUGGUGGGCAACACAUUCUCUGCCAAGGAUAAUCAAUCAAAAUAAAGAGGUCAGAAGGAAGAAUGAGUCAAUGGCCUCAAAGGAUCAAGAACAGAACUAAAAGCUUUGAAGAUGGAUGCUCAAACCAAGUUUCCAGGACACGUACAACAAUGAAUGACAUCUCAUGAUAAACUGGCUCUAAUCUGCACUUCAAUGGCUCUUUUUUAAGAGUAACUGUAAGCUAAAUUCUUCACUGUUUUCUUCCUACCACCUCCAUCAGGAAGUAACUAACUCCAUAUCAAUCUGUAACUUUGGAUUAUUCUCAUAGCUUUGUCAUAACUUGCCUUUAACGUCAAAGGAUUUCUUCAGGUUUGUCAUCAUCAGACAAAGGCAUGGAAGUGUUUAGGUAACAACAGUGGGCAGAAAGGAAUGGAAGGGUAGGAUAGUGUUGGAAUAAAUAAGUAGGAGAUGAAGUACCGUCACCAGCAGGAUCCAUUUGGAUCAAAUAGCUAAGCUCUUGACCAUGAGAUCCAUGUACGGCAGCACAGUGGCACAGAGCUGCUUACAUCACAGCUUCAAUGACCAGGGUUCAACCCUGACCUGUGGAGUUUGCACAUUCUCCCUGUAACCAUACAGGUUUCGUCUGGGUGUUCCAGUUUCCUCCCGCAUCCCAAAGAGUGUAGGUUUGUGGAUUAAUUGGUCAUUGUAAAUUGCUCAUUGUAUGUAGGUGAAUGGUAGAACAUGAGAGUUGAAGGGAAUGUGGGGACCAUAGGUUAUAAGGAAAAAUAGUGGAGGCAUUGGAUUGCUCCAUGAGCAAAUAUAGUGGAGUAAAUAUAGGUAAAUUUAUGAGUAAUAGUGGAGGUAAUUGGGAGGUAAUUGUGGAGCUGUUCCUUGACUCAGCAUAAACAAUGGGAGAAAAUGGCUUCCUUUGUUGUUGAGAGUAUGAAAGGGAAGCAGCAUGGAAACAGGCCCUGCAGCCCAUCGAGCCUACACCAUCCACUUACACCAAUUUUACGUUAAUCCCAUGUUUUAUUCUCCCCACCUUCUCAUCAACUCCCCCCCCCCCAGAUUCUACCACUCACCUACACACUCGGGGCAACCUACAGUGACCAAUUAACCUACCGACCUGCACAUCUGUGGGACGUGGGAGGAAACUGGAGCACCUGGAGGAAACCCACGUGGUCACAGGGAGAAUAUGCAAACUCCACACAGACAGCAUCAGAGGGUAGGAUUGGACUGGGGUUGAUGGACUAUGAGGCAGUGGCUCUACUAGCAAUAUGUUCAUAUUUGUAAUAGUUCUACUUAUAAUAUAUUGGAAAGUAAAAGAAAUGAACUUAUCUCCAGAUGGAAUGCAAAUCAUGGAUGAAACAUACCGAGGAACUAUAUGGAAAGCAAAUAGAGAUCAGCCCCCAAAAUAACCUUAACCGGACUGGACCUGUCACUGGAGGAACACAUCAGCCUGAAGUAAACUGACUAACCUCCAUGGUAGCUCAUGUAUCGGUGAAGGAUGCUUCACAUCCAAUUGCUGCCUUCUAUCUGAAGUGCUUCCAGUGUUUGAAAAAUGUAUUGUUAUGUAUAUCAGAUUAUUGUUGCAUAAUCUUAAUAUAUUGAUAAUUUAAAAGGCUUCAUGUAUUUUUCUAAUUAUGAUAUUAAACUGUGACUUUUUGAUUUUC